UAAACUAUGUAUAAGCUAUAAUGCCUAUAGUCUACCAGUGUCAUACUCUCUCUUAAUGAAGACUGACGUUUUAAAAAUUAAAGUUUCCACUCUUCUAAUAUUUACCAAUUAUUAAUUCGGAGUUAGUAAACACAGAUAGUAAACAGUUGAGUAUUAGUAAGUAGUAAGUAGUCAGUAGUAGAAGGCAGUGUAUGUCUGUUGGCUUUACUUUAGUUGUUAUAAGUUGGCCUAUUCUAGGACUAUACUAGUCAAUAAGGACUUUUGCAAAAGGUUGUCGCUUUGGCUAUAAAGGGGCUAUCAAUAAAUGUAUUAGACUAUGACAAAUGUAUUCAUGCAAAUUUUGCUCUCCCCCUCCCCCUGCCAUCACAAAAAGGUAUAUGGAUAUUAAAUAACUGCACCUGUGUCAGAAACAUUUCCCUAGAACAGUGGCUCUUAACCAAAGGUGGAAGCACCCCUUGAGGUGUAGAAGUAGAAGACCCAGAAAAUUGUAUUUGCUGCAAGCCAAAUGCUAGUUGUUAACAUUAACUCAUUAACAGCAUUUGAAUGGCAUUUCCAUUAUUCAAAAUUAUUGUAAAACUGAUAGUAAUUUAUGUCAGUAGAUCUCAUCAUGUAUUGAAUAAAAGUGCUUCUCUUUUCCUACUUAACAGCCAAUCAUCUUUUUCUCUCCAGCAUCCCGUAACCCAAUUUUUUAAAAACUAAUCAGUUGUAGGCCUGAUGAGCAGGAUAAUAGCUGCUGAUGUAAUUAUUGCAUCUCAGCAGCCAUAAGCGAAAAUGACGAACAGAGGAUUUCUGAGUGAAGUUGAUUCAGAUCUUCAGAUAUUGGACCAGAAGCUGAUAGAGUAUCUUAAUGUUGCUAUGGAUAACACAACGGAUGUUGGACAGAAUAUAGCCGACCACUGCAGUGGUGAGUGACAGUGUUGACAUUGACUUGCUACCGCUGGAGUAGCAUGUGUUGAAUUCUGUGAGUGGGUUGUGAUGAGCCCUGUCCUCAUCAAGCAGGAAAUAAAGUCACUUGUAUUAUUAAUUAAAUUAUUAGUUUUUUAAAUAAUUUUAUUUUGGGUCCAAGCUUAAAAGUUCCCAGCAGGUAUGUUAAAGAGUUUUUUGGAACUAGUUCAUAAGAUGUUAGUCAACAUUUGACGGCUCAAGUCAGGUGAUGCUAAUAUAUUUAAUACAAAAUUAAGUUGAGAAAAAAAUGUAAUCUAAAUUUUUGAAUUUGCAGGAGAUGAAAACUUGAGAAAUGCAACUCAAAACAUAAUGCGGGAGUUUAUCAGCAUGGAACAUGAUAUAAAACAACAUGUAUUGGGUCUAAAUCACAUCAAGGCACUGGUGAGCUCUUCAUUUCAGAAAUUGUUUGCAAAAGUAUAUGUUUAUGGAGUUAGGGUUUUUUGCGGUAAAUUUGCACUAUCAAGGUCCUCUCUUAUUCUCAGUCUUAGGCUCUGCUUUUCUUUCCUUUCUUUUGCACAGCCGCUAUCUUUUUUUCCAUGGCUGCAGAUAUGUCAAUAAGUAGUAAAUGAAAAAUUAUAAUAUUAAAUGACAUUUUAAAAUAAAUAGAAAAAAGUGAAAAAUCAACCCAAAUUUUUUUUUUAAAGGUUAAAAACUAGCAACAUUCAAAUUUAAUUAAAUAAUUUUUUUUGGCCAAAUUCCUUCAAACCUAAAAUCUAUCACUCUUCCUAACCUGAAGGCAAACUGUCCAUUGCGCUAAAAUCUCCCUAACACGAACUUGAAUUUAAAACCUAAAAUCAGUCUCCCUAGCCGUAACUUGAAUGUAAAUCUUCAAACCUAAAAUAGUCUCCCUAACUCAAACAAAAUCUUGCAACCUAAAUCAGUCUCCCUAACUCAAACGUUAAUCUUGAAACCUAGAAUCAGUCUCCCUAACGCAAACUCAAGUAUAUAAUCAAACCUAAAAUAUUUAGCUACUUAACGUGAACCCUAAAACCAUGUAUUUGUAUGCUACAGUUACACACUGUAGUGAGAUAAGCGUAAAAGUGAAUAAAUAGAUUAAAUUUAUUUUUAAAAUAUUCUAAAUAAUGAAAAAUAACUUACACUUACAGUUUCAUCGAAUACACUUUUUCACGCUUUAUUACAGGUUCGACCGUAAAUAAAAUCCAAAACAUCCACUGUUUGGAUACCUUUACAGCUAUACAAUAAUUUGAUUUAUCAAAUGUAUUUAUUUUUUAUCACAGGAUAACAAUGCAGAAAAUGGCUUGAACUUGACAGAAGAAUUUGAUAGAAAAUUAGCAGAACUGAAAAGAAGCAAUAGACAAGACUACAAGUCUCACCCUAAAUUCAAGGAGCUGGAAGAAAGCUUGAAUGUCACUGGGAGCUUAGGUAGGAAGUUAAACAUUUUUUGUUUGUUUGUGGGUAGACUUCAUAUAAUACAGCCAAGCUUGUGAUAUAUGUAAAUAAAAGUCGAAAGUGUGCUGUCGCAUGAAUUAAGCCACAACAGGAAGAAAAAAAACUUCAUCGGCGUAAGCGGCAAUAAAAAUAAUUUAACAAUUAAUUGAACCCCUGCGGGUCGUUGCAGAAAAUUUAUCAAAUGCAAUCUUCCGCAAGGUUUGAAUCCGGCUGAAGAAACAUGUUUUGAAGUUUAAGAGUGUGCUUAGCAUAGUCUAUCCACCACUAGCUUCCUCUACCUCUGGCCCUGAAACUAGAGUGCAUGCUUUUCUUGUAGGCUUGACAUGCAGGCCGAAUGCCAGGCAUGUUAACAAUAUGACCAAAAGAAUUAUUUAAAAUGAAUUAAAAUUUCUUACAUGAAAAAUUUAUUUCUAAAAACUUCGUUCUGUAUUUAAUUAAGUAAGUACAUACUUCUGGUCAGGUUUCCACAUUUUAACUACAUCUUUUAUGGUAAAUAAUUCUGAAACUUUAAAAAAAAAAAAUAAUAAUAAUAUUAUCACUCUUCAUAAACUUAUCACAACAUUCUUCUUAAAAUUAUCAUAUUAUUUUUCUUAUAACAUAACCAUCUUAUCAUUAUUCUUAUAAUUAUUAUUCAUUAUUAUUAUUUUUCUGUAUGUUUUUACUUGGGAGGUUUAGUUGACAGAUUACUGGAGGUUUUGUGGUUGUGUCCUAUGUUCACUGAUAAAGUCUUUUAGCUGACACAUUUGUUGAGUUUGAUUUUCUUUGGUCACGAAACAAAAAUCUGUGAAAUUUGGAAAUUGUGGUGAUGGAAUAAAAGCAUUCAAUAUCCUGGUUCUGAGAAGCAUGCCUUUUGACAUGGAUGGAUGAGAAAACCACAUGUUUUUUAUUUCUAUUUACAGAGGAACAACUGGCAGCACUUAAAGUUGCCCUGACAUAUUCUUCCAAUGAUGAUGAUGACAUGGCUAUGACAGAUGAGGAAAUCAACAUUAAAUGUCCAUACACUGGUCAGACAAUGGUCACCCCUGUGAAGAACAAGAUCUGCAAUCAUGUGUACGAUAAAGAAGGCAUUCUGGGAUACAUCCAAAACAGGAAAGGAAAGGCUAAGUACGUGUUACAGUUUUCCAGUCUUAGUUUGGUUUUGUUUAGAGUACAUUCAUCCAGAGGUGUCUUCACUUAAUCUGUGAGGUGCAUUCACUAAAUCUUUGGGAUGAAUUCACUAAACCUGUGGGAUGAAUUCACUAAAUUUGUCUGAUGAAUUAACUAAAUCUGUGGGAUGAAUUCACUAAAUUUGUGGGAUGAAUUCACUAAAUCUGUGGGAUGAAUUCACUAAUUAUAUGGGAUGAAAUCACUAAAUCUGUUGGUUGCUUUCAAUAAAUCUGUGGGGUGCAUUCAAUAAAUCUGUGGGAUGCAUUCACUAAAUCUGUGGGGUGCAUUCACCGUCUUAAUUCUCUCUUCUUAUCUGACCAUUGCCUCACAGGUGCCCUGCUGUUGGCUGCGGCAACAAAGAGCCCAUUACUCCAGAUUGUCUUGAAGAACACACUGAGAUGAAGAAAUAUAUCACAUUGUUGGAAAAGCUGAGACGGUAGGGCAAGGGAUACUCCCAAGUUCUUGGGCAACCAGCUGUCUUUCACUGGUCUGUGAACCAUUGGUCAAUGAUCUGUGAACCAUUGGUCACUGGUCUACAGAAGGUGAAAAGAGAUAGAAAAAUUUAAAAAGUCAAUGUGCUGGACUGUGCCAUGUGGGCCCAUUUCUGCCAUAGAAGUUUAAUAAGCUGUGCAAUAGAUAAUGCAAGAACAUUUUAGUGAAUAGUAAUGUGAUGGUGAAUUACUGACUCAACAAAUUAUGAAGAUUAACUGAAAGAUUGUUGAUGUAAAUGUUUGUGAAGAUUCAAUGCAAGAUUGCUGAUGUGAUUGUUUGUGAAGAUUCAAUGCAAGAUUGCUGAUGUGAAUGUUUGUGAAGAUUCAAUGCAAGAUUGCUGAUGUGAAUGUUUGUGAAGAUUCAAUGCAAGAU